GCCACCGCCGAGGAGCCCGCGGAGGGGGUGCCCCGCAGCCAUGGGGCACCGAGAGACGCUGCCCGCCCGCCCGUCCUGCCGCGCAGGUGCUGUGCUCUCUGUUGCUUGCUGUGACUCCUGCCAAGCAUGGUGCCAGAUCAUCAACGUGUCUGAAUCACACUCUCCUUUCCUCACCUCUAUGGAAGGGACUGUCAAUGAAACAAACUGGAGCGUUUCCGUGCCUGCUGGAAGCAGGUAUCACCUCUACAUUGGCUUGGCUUUGUCAAUAGGUUCCAGUAUCUUUAAUGGUUCUAGUUUCAUACUGAAGAAAAAAGGACUUUUGAAACUGGCAGACAGAGGAGUCACCCGAGCUGGACAAGGUGGAUAUUCUUAUCUGAAGGAAGGGCUUUGGUGGGCUGGACUGCUAUCAAUGGGAUUAGGAGAAGCUGUAAACUUUGCUGCCUAUGCAUUUGCACCUGCAACCUUAGUUACCCCACUGGGUGCACUGAGUGUUCUCAUAAGUGCUAUAUUGUCAUCCUAUUUUUUAAAUGAGAAGCUGAAUAUUCACGGAAAGCUGGGCUGUGUACUGAGCAUUUUGGGGUCAACGGUCAUGGUUAUUCACGCCCCAGAGGAGGAAGAGGUCACCUCACUAGAUGAAAUGGAAAGAAAGCUGCAAGAUCCAGCAUUUGUCACAUUCGCUGUUCUCAUAACAGUUGUUGCCGUUGUCCUGAUUUUUGUCGUGGCUCCAAAGAGAGGUCAGACAAACAUAUUGAUCUACAUUUUAAUUUGCUCGCUCAUUGGUGCCUUCUCUGUCUCAUCUGUGAAAGGCCUGGGCAUUGCCAUUAAACAAAUGCUGGAGCAGAAGCCAGUUUAUCGGCAUCCGCUGGUUUACAUUUUGGUGGGCAUCUUGGUGCUCUCAGUCAGCACUCAGAUCAACUAUCUCAACAAAGCAUUGGACGUGUUCAAUACAUCUCUAGUGACACCUAUUUAUUACGUGUGUUUCACUACGACAGUUCUGACAUGCUCCAUCAUCUUGUUCAAGGAGUGGAAUAGUAUGCAACCGGGUGAUAUCAUUGGAACCCUGAGUGGAUUCUGCAGUAUCCUUAUUGGCAUUUUCCUGUUGCAUGCUUUCAAAAAUACUAACAUCACUUGGAAUCAGUUGAUGUCCACUGUUGCCAAAGAACCAUCACUACCACACCGUAGAUACGAAACCCGUGACACUUUACUAGAGAGCAUGGAAGAUCCAGCUUUGGCAUAUGAGGAGGACGACGUUUUAUUCAGUCAAUGAAACUCUCUAAGCAGUGCUCAUCAUCAAAAAGUCAUGAGUUGCCAACUAAGCCUACCCAUGUUUACUAGACUUUUACUCUUUUUUUCUGCAGUCUUCUGGAAAAUGGUCUGUGAGGCCUGUUAAGUGCGGGCCACUCCUCUGUGUGUCAGCUGUUGGCAGUAAUGAAUGAAAUGAAAAUGUUCAGUAAUUAAUAUGACAGACAGAAACAGGAGGGUGAUUGUAUGUUAGACAAUGAAAAACAUUGUCCUUUUUUUUAUGCAGCAUCUCCUAUUGGAGAAUUUUAGCAAAAAAUUAAUAGUCUUUGUAAGCCACAUUUACAAAAUGCAAUUUUCUUGUAAUGAUAAAGAGUAAUACUUGCUGAAGUGACAAGUAGUCUGCUAUUAUCUUGGUGAUGGCCUUAAUAUUUCAGGCUUUCUUUAUGUUUUUAUAAUUUAUUGCCAAGCAAGCAUGUCGAUAUUCUACAUGAAGGAUAUUUAUUGGAGACACAAUAUGAAGAAAACCCUUUUAGCCUUUAAUAUAAAAUUUUAUACAAGUUUUUUCCAUUUUGGUCACCUAUGAAAACCUUGAAUAGAUGUCAUGAAAAGAAUUUAUCAAAUACAGUUUUUGGUAACCUGUCUCCUUCAAAAUCCUUUUCUACUCAAGGAAUCCUGAGUGGAUUGCAAAUCCCUGAAUAUGCCUGUACCUUUUUAUUUAAGAUCAAGUUCAAGAAAAAGAAAAUUCAUUAGAGACCUGAAAACACUUACUAUUGGCUUAAAAAUUACAUGAAAUGAAAGAAUAAAGUAUUCAAAGGCCGAAGGGAAACAGAAUGUACAAUUAAGAAUUUCUACUCUGUUUUAUAUUACUUUGAGGUUUAAGAAGGGACUUCGCUUAUUUCCGUACAUUUUCCUAAUAUUGCAAAUUAAAACUUAGUUAAGCUUUUCGGGUUUUUUUCUCAUUUUCUGGAACACUAUCAUUCUUUAUUAAUAAUAAAACAGUCCUGAUAUUUUAUAUUCUGUUAGAAUCCAUCUUACAGACCAUGCACUAUUUCUAAAAAUAUUAGGAUGGGCUGUAAACAAGGGGUGGAAAAUGUCAAAACAUCUUUUUUUUUAGUUUGGCGUUUUCAUCAUUUCUAAAAAUGAGUUUUCACCUCUAUUAAAUGUUUAGGAAUAUGAUAAUCUACCAGAGGCCUAGAAGACUGGUAUCUGUACCACAGAAUGCUCCUCAAUUCUGGUCACUGAUCUUUAUCUCACAAAACCAGCUUGCAGAGUGCCUGAUUUACUCAUUACAAUCCCCUUUGUUUUCCACUUUGUGAGCAAGAAAGUAUCUUCAUCUAUCGGAUGUGUGGGUCAUUAUGAGCUCACCAGAAAGAUAAUAGUUCCAAUCUUUGGAUUCUUAAAUGUGAGUCUAGAACAUUUUCCAGAAGUUACUAGCACUUCAGCCGUUAAAAACUGAUUUUAAUCAUUUAUAUAUGCCAAGCAGAACUCCCUCAUGAAGCAGACUGUAGGUUCUCCAAUGUUCAAAAAGUGUAGUAGAAGAGGACAGUUUGGAUGGAUAACAAAUUAUUCCACCAAAGAAAGCUCAUAAUUUAGAUGUAAGAACAGAAGGGUUGCUGCUGAUAUUUCAUAUGUUUGUGUUGUGCAAACUUUCAGUACUUCCUUUUUUGAAAGAUACUUAUGAAACAUCUCACUUGUUAAUUAUUUUUGAUGAUGCUUUAGAAGCUAUCAAAUACUAGAAAGUAACAGUAGGGAUACUAGCUUAAAGUUAUUUCUACAUUAUAAGCACCUUUUUUUUUCACUUGACUAGGUUUGUAGUUGACAUGCCUACAGGAAGAAGUAGAAAUUGUAUCAAUCCCCUGCACCUUCUUUCUAAACUCUCAUUUUUACGAUGAAGAGCAUAUAUGGAAAAUGUGUUACUGAAAAGUGUGUCCAGUUCUUCUUCUCAUGGUAUUUUAUAAAAUAUUGCAGGUAGUCUUGGUGUAAAGAGAAGCUCAGAUAAUGUCAUUAUGCAAUGGGUCUUCGGUUGCCAACUGUGAUUACCUAAUUUGAGAUUACAUUCCAUAGUGCAGGAGAUGGCAGCAAUGCUACCCAGCAAAAGAGACAUUUGCUCAAAAAAUGUACUUGCCUUGAAAAUAUAAUGAUAAUCCAUACAGCUUUGGAAUAUUUUUCAGAUUCUUGGGUGAUGAGACUUGCAGUAAUUCUUUGCUGUUAAAAUGCAUGUGUCAAAGAAGCUUUAGGGAAGAAAAUCUACAAACAGAGUUUCAUUACUUCUUAGUUAAUGUAGAGGAUACUGUGGCUUUAUUGGCCAGAUUCAAGCUUCAAAAUCUUUGUGGUUAAAAACAGGUAAUGCAAAUAAUAAAAAGACUGAAGAUGGAGUUUUUAUUACAGUUUGUCUGUUAACAAAAACUUGAAUUGCUUUUCAUUGUGAAUUACUCCAUUUAAAGAACAACUGAAGAAAAUAUUUACACUAAAAAGAGAAAAAUAAUCCCUUUCCAUAGCUCGUGGCCCCUUUAUUUGCUUGUACAGUCAUCACUGUGGUAUGACCAAAUGGGUUAUUAGUAAGAAAAAGCAACCAGUCCAGUUCCUGAAUGAAUGUAUUGGCAUUUUUUUAAAGACAGGUAAUAAAAUUCCUUUGAGAAGGGUCUGGACAUUCUUUAUACCAACUGUUGACAGUCAAUUAACUUGUACCGAGCAAAAAUUCUGUUAUUUUCUACUGGGCCUGUCUAUCUGCUUUUAUACAUAAAUAACAACUACCAGUAAAAGAAUGUUAUUUUCUUACAAUGUCAGAAAACCAAGUUAAUGCUUAUUUUCAUGGUGUACAGGAAGUCUGUCAUGUUAAGAAGUAAAUUACUGAUUAAGUUUUUGUAUAAAAAACAUUUUCUGUAAGAGAUGUUAUUUUUUAAGUGUUUAUAUUUAGUUAUUAGUUUGGAAUAACUUUGAUUUUUUAGUGAAAUUAUGCUAAUAUUUCUCUUGUAAUAAAUUAUU